AUGAAAUUGUUGGCCUUAUUAUCAUUUUUUGUUGUUAUUACAACAAGAUGUAAUGCACUUUUGUGUUUUGAUGCUAAAACAGCUAUUGUCAUACCAUUAGAUAACUUUUCUUUGAAUGAUUUUACGAAAAUUAUUAAAAAUUUUAGUUCUACAAACGGACAUGAAAAAUGUCUUGUGGAAAUUCAAAUUAAUUAUGGACAAGAAAUUUUGAAUGUUUUAUUUGGUAAUAUUGCUAAUUCAAAUAGUCUCACUACAAAUUCACAAAUUUAUAUUGAUACUUAUAUAAUAUUGAAUCAACCUGAAAUACAUAUGGAAUCGAAUAAUAUUAUGAACAAUAUUCGAUUUAUAUGUAAUACAAAUGAUUGUAAUCGUCAAUUUGUAUUUGAUCAUCUUGAAUGGUUAUUAGAAGUAGAAUAUAAUGAUUUAGUAUCUAAUAUUAGUCCAUUAUUGAUAAGUAAAAAUGAAAAAACAGAUAAAUGUAUAUUUGGUGAACAAAAUCAAAUUCAAUUAUGUCCAACUGGUAUCUGUUAUUUAGAAUAUUCAAUGUCAACUGAUCAAAUAAGAUAUGAAUGUGAAAAUGAUCCAGAUAUUCAACCUGCACUUCAUAUUCGUACUUAUUUUACAAUUCAAGAAGAUCACAAUCGAGAACAAAUGGCUAAAAUUAAUUUUACAAUUAAUUAUUGGUGUCAAUUAGAUGGUUGUAAUAAUAAAACAAUUGCAACACAAAUUAUAACAAUUAUAGAAGAAAAUUAUAAUUUAUUUGAAAUAAAAGAUAUUCUCGAUCUUGCCUACAUAGAAUAUUGGCUCGAAGAAGAAAUAGAUGAACACUCCGAAACAAACAAGAAAUAA